AUGCUACCAUAUGAAAUCGGAGGUUCAGAUAAUGAAUGCGUAGAAGCGUUGAGAUGGGAUUGCGGCGGUGAGAGAGGCAAACGAAUUGUUUUGGUGAAAGUGCGGGCCGCCGCGACCACAUUCCUACGAACUGGUCGCUGUGGGAACUGCCAUGGAGCCACGGAGCGAACCCAUGGCCCGCAGAAAAAAUGCACACAUCGCUUGUUAAAUGCUUCAUCAGCAUUUAAUUGA